GAGACGACUGACGAUACGGGCCUAAGAAAUGAGCAAAAUACCAUUGGAUAUUGCUAAAACAAAAAUGGCUGAUAGGAACACUUUUAAUGACCAGCAUUCCCUCCUUUGUGAUUUUUGUGACAUGUAGUUGUUUUGUGCUCAUCCAUCAUGAAAGAAGUGUUCUGCCAUUUCUUGAGAGCUUUUUUUUAAGAAAUUCUGUCGUUUUUGUUUAUUUUUUCGGUGAAUCUACACAAUUAGUUUUUAUAUUAAGAAAGGUUAAAAAAAAGCCAAAAAACCAAGAACGACCCAAUUCGUACAAAAUAAUAUUACCAUUUGCCAUUUCACAGUGGAUGCCUGAAAUUAAAAAUAGAGUAUUCAUUUAAAUGAUUGGAUAUUAACAUGGAUAAGGAUAAAGAGAAUUCAUCAAAAAAUGAUACCAAAGACGAUUUUGAGGCAUCACUAUCACUCAUUAACUAUUAUCGAGAAGAAAAUGCAAAGAUGGUAGCAGUAUUAGAGAAAACAGGACUGGCUGAGGCGGAACGGAGUCUGUAUUCAAAAUCUCUUCAAAAUAUGGUUGAAAGUAUCUGUAAGGAAGAAAAUAAAUACGCACGAACUACUACAAACAUGUCCCGUGCUGAAAUGAUUCGUAAGCACAGCAACUAUGUCUCGAAAAUAAGGAUAUGUAUCAGAAUGUAUUCAAAUCUCAAUAAUGUUCUAUUGAAGGAAAUCAGCUUUAUGAGAGGGAAGAUACAGAAGUCAAAAGAAACAGUAAGUGACCUAAAUGUUAGCUUAGAGAAAUUACAGCAAUUAGAACAGACUAGCAUCAAGUAUGAAGCAGAAGUAAGCAAAUUUGAGAAAAACCCAAACCUUGAUAACUAUUAACAAUCAACUGAUUGCUGCAAUGCCUCAAUGCCUAUGCACCACACUAACAAGAGCAAACCUCCAGUAUAUUGUUGGACUGUAGAAAUUGUAAGUCUGCACAAAAAACUUUACAACUCUGAAGCAAAGCUUUGCUAUGUGAAGUCAUGAAUAGAGAAUCUGGGGCCUUGGAUAUAAAAUAGCGAUGAAGCAUUUAGGAGUGCAGAAGUCCCUAGGCUGUUUGGUUUGGAUGCAAAGAUAUAUGUGAAAAUUGUUAACAUGUUGUUCCCUAACCUUACAAUAAGUGCACUUGAAGAGCUAAUAUACCCUAUUUCACAACAAGUAACCAUUAUGGUAGAACAACAGGUGAGUAUCCCAUAUCUCGAAAUUCCCCAUAUCAGCACAGGACACAAUUCUGAUGGAUCCGUCAACUCCAGGUAGACAGCUCUUUUAUUUAGAAAAGUUCAUUUGCCUACAAAAAACAUGACACCACAAACAAGUUUUACUACAUUUGUACCCGAUCCAUUUUUGCCAACGUUGCAGACUAACACAAAAUGUUUACUAUUGAAGAUCUUGGCGUAACUACAGGGGCAGUGAAAACUUGCAAAGCUCCUAACCCCAUUGGAAUCCCAGGAGAAAAGUUGGUAGCAAAAGAUUGUCCUUUCGUUCUACUAAAUAUGUAUAGUAAUGCCUAUAGGCUGAUAUAUUUGGUCAACAGUAGAAGAUCCAUAAGCAAUUUUACAUACAAGAAAAGGUCCCACAAUCACUCCAUCAUUCAGACCUCUGUGUGUGUUGGCAGAAGCUGGUAAAUAUGUUAAGAGGAUAAUCAGUUCUAAAUUACGAAUACCGGAGGAAGAACCUGGCUGAUUCAUCCAAAAUUCAGGAUAAAUCAUUCAGCUUUAGGUGCUUUGCAGGAUAUAGUUAGUACAGCACAUGUAGCUUUGCACGGAAACUACACGUCAACAAGCAUAUGUGUUCUGGUAACUUUCGACCUUAGAAACUUCUGCUUGUAUCCUCGGAACCCUCAAAAAUCAAUUUAAGAAACCUUCUUACCGCCUUUGACUAAAUAGCGAUUAUAUGAUCAGCAGAGGACUGGUGUAUAAAACCACGGAAUAAACCCAAUACAAAAUGAUUUCGUCGGAGGUGGCUCGGAGAUUAGCGCUCGGUCCAGAUUUAUGAUGACGUUUUACGGAUGGAGAUGACAAGGGCAAAACUGCCGUGGAAGGUGGAAACUGACCGGUCGUGACUGGGACAAGAUUAGCUGUUCUUUACUGGAGCAUCAUGACUUUGGGAACAUGAGUUUUGUCCACUCUAGGGCCUCUUGUGUGCAGGGACCAGACGCAUCAUCUUAGAUUCACCUUUGCGUAUCUACCAUGUUCAUUCGGGGACAACGCAAGUUCAUCUGUAAACAUACAGAAACAACAUUGCAGGGAUGGCAAACAAGAUAGAGAGAGAAUCAUAGAACAUUAAGGUGGAUUUAUCUACUUAUACCACAAAUGGUUCCAUGGUUCAACAUAAGACAUGGUGAGACAAACCCUCACCCAAGUCCUACCAGGCCAUGGGAAGUUCAACAAAUAUUUCCACACCAGAGGGAACACAAAUAGUCUGAUGUGUUGGUACUGCUCAACAAGAGUUGAUGACCCUGCAUACACCUUAUUUGAGUGCAGUCUUUGGAUGCAGGAUGAGCAGCCUCUUGAAGACCUUUUAGCAGUCGAGAAAUUAAACCUAAAAUUGUCUAAACAAUGAAUGUGAUGAAAGCCAAUGGGAUCUAAUAACAACCUACACUGAAGAAACUUUUAAUAAAGAAGAAGAGCAGAGUAAGCGCAUCAUACCGAUAUGUCAGGGAUGACUGGCUUAAUUUUAGACAACUUGCCAUCUGAAGUCUUGCUCACGUAGUUCCAGAAGGUAAAAGUGUUGCAUGCAGUUUUUUUAGGAACCUCAUCCGCUGCAAAGAGUAUCCAGAACGUCAAUAUGAUUACACAUCACACCAUCAUGUUUGUGAUUGGCUGUUGGCAGAAUCGUUUGGUGUUGAGUUUCUGUAGAAUCCGAAUAAGGUUAUUAUUACCAUGCUUUCAUAUUCAUAUUUGAUUCCAGCAAAAAUAUCCAUGGCUGAAGGAUUCGGCACUGAAUUUGCCAAGUAUUGCCAAGGAAAAUGAAAAAUUACAGCAUCUGAA